GCCGGUGCAAACGUACCGUUUAGACAUGAACACAAAAUCCAAACACAUGCCCCAACUUCACACACACACAUAUGGAAAGAAAGCUACUAAAAACUCCCUCUCAUAUCAGUCUGCAACUCUCUCUCCUCUUCCUGAAAUGGUCUUCCAUUUUUGAAAAGCUACAUACAUACAUACCUCAGUAGUUUCUUUUCUCCCAAAGACCCCAAGAAAAACCCUCUCUACCUAGGGUUUACACAAUCUCCCCAACCUUUUAUUUUGUCUCAUUCGCGUGAUAUAACUGAUUGAGCCCUUGGGUCAUUCAAAUCCUCUCUGUCUCUCGUUCGCUAUCUGUAACUCCCUCCCUCUGCUUCGCCACCUGUACCGAUUUUAUUCGCCAUUCCUUCUCGAGGGUUCUAUAUAUCAAUGCAAUUCCCCAAUUCUCUCUCUACAUUUCACGCCUCGCUGUGUUCUCUCAAAUUGCUCAAUUCGAUACGCGCCCUUCUCCUCCUUCGCUAACGGCUGGGAUGAAUAGUGUUUUCAGUGAGCAGAUACUCGCAGACAAGCUGUCGAAGCUCAACAACAGUCAACAAUGUAUCGAAACAUUGUCACAUUGGUGUAUUUUUCAUCGGAGCAAAGCAGAGCUGGUUGUGGCAACCUGGGAUAAGCAGUUCCAUAGUUCACAGAUGGUUCAAAAAAUUCCCCUUCUGAAUCUUGCGAAUGACAUACUACAAAAUAGCAAGCGUAAAGGAAAUGAAUUUGUUUCUGAAUUUUGGAAGGUUCUUCCUGCAGCACUCAAAGAUGUCAAUGGAAACAAUGGUGAUCAUGGAAAGAAUGUGGUUUCUAGAUUGGUUGAUAUAUGGGAACAAAGGAGAGUUUUUGGAUCCCGUGCACGGAGUCUUAAAGAUUUAAUGCUUGGAGAACAAGUACCUCCACCCUUGGAGUUCAGCAGAAAGCGUUCCCGUCCUGUCAAAAUUGUAAAAAGGGAUUCACGCUCCAUUAGAACGAAAUUGACCAUUGGAGGUUCCGUUGCAGAAAAAAUAGUUUCAGCAUUUCACUUGGUACAGAGUGAACAUUCAAGUGAGGAUGGGGAGAUGAGUAAAUGCAAAUCCGCAAUUCAACGUGUCAGGAAGAUGGAUGAAGAAGUUGAUUUGGCCUGUAGCAAAGCAAAGGACCCAAAGCGAAAUACUUUGUCCAAGGAACUGGAGGAUGAAGAAAAUGCUUUGAAACAGUCUAUUGAGAAGCUUAAACUAGUCGAAGCAAAUAGGGUAGCCCUGGUAUCUCAGUUACGAGAAGCGCUGCAUGAACAGGAAUCCGAACUGGAGAAUGUUCGCACACAGAUGCAGGUAGCACAGGCUCAGGCAGAGGAAGCCAGCAACAUGCGGAAGCGGCUCGAUGACGAAAAUUAUGUUUCAGUUUCAAAACAAUCGACCACAAUCCCACCAUCCAUAGAUGCGAUCACAAAAGCUGGAAAACCUACCAAGAAGACCGCUGCAGACAUUGCAGCUGAGGUUGCCGACAAGCUUGCAGCUUCCAGCUCUUCUCAGUAUAUCAUGACAUCAGUUCUGUCGACAUUUGCAGCUGAAGAAGCCAAAAAUGCCGGGCUGACAAAGUCAUCUUCAGCAUCUUCUUUUCUGCCUCUGCCUAACAACUCGGUCACUAAUAUGCCACCACAGCAGCCAACCGCUCCACCGUCCAACACAUAUCAGUCAAUUUUGAUGCCGCAAAUGACCUUGCAGAGCCAAACACCAACCUCUCAGACCACUCAAUACCGUAUGCUUCCGACUCUCUCUCCUCAGCAAUAUCUGCAACUUUCAGGUGGGUUCAUGAAUUCGUAUGCUUAUGGAAGCAUUCCUCCUCUGCCACCACCGCCACCGCCGCCACCGCCACCACCACAACAAGCCCACAUGGUUAGUCCGGUGGUGCCUUUGGCUCAGCAAGCAAUGCAGAUGAGUCAACAGCAUUCGGUGCCAGUACCUCAGCAACCGCCGGCUCCGCCGAGUUUCCGUCCUCUCGGCUUUAUUCAGCCUUCUGGAAUGGUUUACUAUGGGCUCCCCCACCAUUCUCAGUGAUUGGUUUCAGGGCAGUCCAGUUAAAUGGUCUGUUUUGGGGGAAUCUGAAUCUUUUUCCUGGGAAUUUGGAAAUUUUGUUUGUGCAAAUUGCUCUUGUUUAGAUGAAUUAGAUAUGAAGAGUUAUGGCAAUAAUCAUACAGUUGUGCAUCUGAAAACAAUUGAUUGUGCAGGGGAAGGGGAGGAUUAGCCAUUUCUUUUUUAAACUUUAGGCGGAUUUAGAGUUUAGGACCAAUGGAUGACCUUAUUGCCGCCCUGCAUCUUUUGUGGUCAUAGUUAUUGUCUGCAUAAAAUGAUGAUGGUUUAGAGAGAGAGAGAUAUAUAUAGAUAGAGAGUGAGAGAGAGCAAUUUUGUAUUUGCUAAUUAAACCAGAUAAAGCAACCUCUCUUUGGAUAGUUCUCAAAUGUCUUUUUUAUUGGAUA